AUGUGUGACAUGGGGGGCCUGGACAACCUGAUUGCCAACACAGCAUACCUGCAGGCCAGGAAGAGCACAGAAGGGGACACCAAGGAGAUGCAGAGGAGGCGCAAGAGCCUCUCACUGCCCAAGCCUGAGCAGUGCACAGAGGUCAGGCAGGCCCUCCCGGCUGAGUAUGAGAGCAUCUGCGAGCAGCAGCCCAUUGGCAAAAGGUUCUUUAGGGAUUUCUUAGAGACCAUGCCUGAAUACCUGGUGGCCAAGGACUUCCUGGAUGAGGUGUCCAACUGGGAGCUGGCAGAGGACAAUGCCAAGAGUAGCAUCAUGCAGAGCUUGGUCACCAACUUCCUGAAGUCCGGCUCCAAGGGCUACCUAGCCUUCAUGAGCUCAGACCUGGCCAGCAAGUGCCAGGCAGCCACUGAGAAGGACUAUGAGAGUAUCAUGCAGCUGGCCAAGGAGGGGACCAAGGCCUUCCUCCGUGAGAAACCCUUCCAGGACUUCCAGAGAACCCCCUUCUAUGACAAGUUCCUGCAGUGGAAAGUCUUUGAGAGGCAGCCAGUGAAUGAGAAGUACUUCUACGAGUUUCGGGUGCUGGGCAAAGGUGGCUUCGGAGAGGUUUGUGCCAUCCAGGUGAAAAAUACUGGCAAGAUGUAUGCCUGCAAGAAACUGGAUAAGAAGAGGCUGAAGAAGAAAGGUGGGGAGAAGAUGGCUCUGCUGGAGAAGCAGAUCCUGGAGAAAGUUAACUGUCCUUUCAUAGUCACCCUGGCAUAUGCCUAUGAGAGCAAGAGCCAUCUGUGUCUUGUUAUGAGCCUCAUGAAUGGAGGGGAUCUUAAAUACCACAUCUACAAUGUGGGAGAGAGGGGCUUGGAAAUGAACAGGAUCAUCUUUUAUUCGGCUCAGAUCACCUGUGGGAUUCUGCAUCUCCACUCCAUCAGAAUCCUGUACAGGGACAUGAAGCCAGAAAAUGUUCUCCUGGAUGAUAAUGGCAACUGCAGAUUGUCUGAUUUGGGCUUGGCAGUGCAAGUCAAAGAGGGGAAAACCAUCACCCAGAGGGCUGGGACUAAUGGUUAUAUGGCUCCUGAAAUCCUGAAGGAAGAGAAUUACUCCUACCCCGUGGACUGGUUUGCUAUGGGAUGUAGUAUUUAUGAGAUGGUUGCGGGUCGAACUCCAUUCAAGGAUUUCAAAGAAAAGGUCAAUAAGGAUGAAGUGAAAAAAAGAACCUUGGAAGACGAGGUGAAAUUUGAACAUGCCAACUUCACAGCGGAAACAAAAGAUAUUUGCAGGCUGUUCUUGGCUAAGAAAUCAGAGGACCGUUUAGGAAGCAGGAGCAGUGACGAUGAUCCAAGAAAACAUGCUUUCUUCAAAACAAUUAACUUCCACAGGCUGGAGGCAGGCCUCAUAGACCCCCCUUUUGUGCCAGAUCCAUCAGUUGUCUAUGCCAAAGAUGUUGCAGACAUUGCUGACUUCUCUGAAAUCCGGGGGAUUGAGUUUGAUGACAAAGAUAAGCAAUUCUUCAAGAAAUUUGCGACAGGUGCUGUCCCUAUACCAUGGCAGGAAGAAAUUAUUGAAACAGGACUGUUCGAAGAACUGAAUGAUCCUAACAGAGUAGCUACUGGGGGAUGUGCAAAUGGAGGUGAAGCCAAGUCAGGAGUUUGUUUGUUGUUAUAA